GCAAGGCGGCGCUGGACGGGCAGUUCGAAGCGCAGCGGACCGUCUUCAUCCAGUGCGACGUUACGGACCAGGAGCAGCUGAAAGUCAGGAGGCGAUGGAUUGUACAGAUUGAGCAUAUGACAGAACAUUAAUUGUUAAAUUGACAUCUGUGAUUAGAGGAACCUACCUUGGCCUAGAAUAUAUGAGAAAAGGAAAUGGAGGUGAUGGAGGAGUAAUCAUUAAUAUCUCAUCCUUGGCAGGACUCAUGCCUGCUGCAUUCCAACCAGUGUACUGUGCUACAAAGCAUGGUGUAAUUGGAUUCACACGAUCAAUAGCAUUAGCUGCUAGUAUGGAAAACUAUGGCGUGAGACUCAACACUAUUUGUCCAGGAUUUGUCAACACGCCAAUUCUUCAGUCAAUAGAUAAAGAGGAGAAUAUGGGACAAUAUUAUUCAUACAAGGAUGAGAUCAAAAAUAUGAUGCAGUUCUAUGGUGUGAUGGACCCAUCAUUAAUUGCCGAGGGACUGAUAACAAUAAUUGAAGAUGAUACUCUAAAUGGAGAAGUGAUGAAGAUUACAGCAUCACAAGGGAUUCAUUUUCAACAAUACAACCAAUUGCCUCUUUCACCAUCAAAGAGAUGAAUCUAAUUGUUUUAUGCUAAUUUUUUUUUGCUUUUAAUAAAUAUAAUUUUUUUGAAAAAGGUAAAUUUUGGAAAAAAGUUAAUAUAGAGCAGUCAUAGCAUUCAAAUAGUUGCACCCAAUAACAAAGAUGGAAGAGAAAAUGUGAUGUGGGAAGUUGUUAUUGUCUUAUUUUGAUUCUAGAAGCACUAAUAAUUGUUUGGUUUUUUGUCGGUAGAAUAAGCACACUGCUCUUCAAAUUUUUGAUUACGCAUAAAUAGGGGUCAGAUGUUUCCUUCUGGUAGUUCUGUGCAAUUAUCUGAUCUGCAUACCCCAAGCAUAUUUUGGUGGACCUAUGUUACAUAAGUAUAAUUGCUCUUACUGUAAUAAAGGUGUACUUACUUACAUUCUGAAUUCUUAAUGCCA